GUUGCCGUUCCGGCCUCAGCCCAACGGAGCAUCGCCAGCCGGUGGUCGAGGCCGAGGAGGCAUGAAUGGAGGCGGCCGUGGUGGGCGUGGAGGACCGGCGCGCACGCGAGGCGGAUAUGUCGCCGUGGACAACGACCCGGAAGCCGGGGUGCUCAACCAUAAUCCGAACUUCCGGCCCAAGAACUACUCGCAAGUGCCACCACCGCAGAGCAUCUCUGGACGAGGCCGUGGUCGUGGUAACAACAUGCGAGGAGACAGGGGAACUGGAUUCCGGGGACGCGGUCGCGGUCGCGGAGCGGCGGUUGCCGGAGAGAAUUAGAGUUAGCUGUGUUAUACGAUGAUGGAUUUGGUUGUCCAACCGUGGCGUUGGGAUAUAGGUUGGCUGGGGUAUAUACAGAGGAUGUAGAUGAUAGGCAACACCACCAGUGACUCGAUACCCAAAUGACAUGAUGGACUAUGUACCAUGACUGGAACUAUUAAUCCCCACAUUGUAUGCAGAAAGCAGAAAAGAAAUAGCAGUAGUGUUAACUAAGCUAAGCAUUGACCUCAUUCCAA